AAGGGUGGAGGAAGAGAAUUCCGACGCAGCCCUCUCUUUCGACGUAAACUUGCAUAACCUUUCUUUCACUAGCAGUUUCAAAGUCCGGAUAAACACGGAAUAAGCAGACGAGGAGGAGGGACGCAACACUUGCUGGUCACAGCUAAAACCGGAACACAAGUAUCAAAUCAAACCGGAAAAAGCUGAGAACCUGCUCAUGUUUUCGUCAGACACUAGAGAAACUUAGAACUGUUAGCACUGUUAGCCCUGUUAGCGGUCAGGUGAUUCAACUUUUUUAGCUAGUUCGAUUUUAAGGUUUUUGUUUUUUUUUUAUUUAAACUAUGAAAAUAUUUAUAUGCCACUCAAUGAAGAAAAGGAGAUGUUAGCUGUGGCUACCGACGCUAGCGGAAAGUAACGGGAACCUUUUAUCUGUGAGAACCAGGAUAAGUUCUACGCAGUCAUAUCACAUAAACCAGGUUCCUGGGAGAUGGGCUAAUACAAAGAGAAAUUUUGAAGAUUAAGUUUGUGGUGCAGCCUCAAAGCCAAACAUGAUGUAUCCCUGAUGGCAUCAUUCUCAGCGAUCCUGUUUGGACUAUGUGACUCUACUGUUUCUGUCCUCUGAUUGGUCUUCGAACAUAUCUCUGUUAUCAUGCAACUUACCUGUGAAAAGCUGAGACGUAGCUCCAGAACCAGGAAAGUAGCAGCUGUGCUACUUGCCUUCUAUGCCCUUAAAAAAAUAUCUCCAUAUGUGGUGAGAGGGAUCCAGAAAAGUGCAGUGGGAAGACAGUUGUUUGGACGUAAACUCCCUGUGGGUGUAGUCACAUCCCACUCCAGCUCGGUCCAAAGUGGAAGAGAGAAGAAGAAACAAGACAGCAGGUCUCCAUCAGUGAACAGGGAGUUUGCUCUUAGACUGUUUCGCCUGUUAAAGCUCUUAUUCCCACGGUUACUGUGUCCUGAGUUCGCACUAUUGGUCCUACAUUCAAUCACUCUGAUGUCGAGAACGUUUCUGUCCAUCUACGUGGCUUCUCUGGACGGAGCUAUUGUGAAGACCAUCGUGCAGAAGGACCCUCAGUCUUUCAUCCUGCAGCUUUCCAAGUGGCUGCUAGUCGCUGUCCCUGCAACCUUCAUCAACAGUGCCAUUCGCUUUCUGGAAGGCCAACUGAGUCUGCGCUUCAGAGGUCGUCUGGUCAGCCAUGCCUACCAGCUGUACUUCACCAACCAGACAUAUUAUCGUGUCAGUAACAUGGAUGGACGUCUGUCCAACCCUGACCAGUCCCUGACUGAGGACAUUGUCAUGUUUUCUGCCUCCAUCGCACACCUGUACUCCAACCUAACUAAACCCAUCUUGGACGUGAUAGUCACGUGUUAUACACUGGUGCGCACUGCCCACUCUAAAGGUGCAAACACAACAUGGCCGUCAGUCAUUGCUGGCCUAGUAGUCGCACUCACUGCUAAAGUCCUGAGAGACUGCUCACCUAGUUUUGGGAAACUGGUUGCAGAAGAGGCCAAGAAGAAAGGAGAGCUGCGCUACAUGCACUCGCGCAUUAUCACCAACUCGGAGGAGAUUGCCUUCUAUGGAGGACACAAGGUGGAGAUGUCCCAGCUGCAUAGCAGCUAUGCAGCUCUAUCAACUCAGAUCCAUCAGAACCUGCUGAAGCGUCUCUGGUAUGUCAUGUUGGAACAGUUCCUGAUGAAGUACGUGUGGAGUGCGUCUGGUCUGAUAAUGGUUGCUGUGCCUAUCAUUACUGCUACAGGAUACUCUGAACAUGAUUCAGAGGAGGUGAAGCAGGCAGCAAUCUCCAUGAAGGAGGAGGAGCUGGUCAGUGAGAGGACUCAGGCCUUCACCAUGGCCAGGAGUCUGCUCAAUGCUGGUGCCGAUGCUGUAGAGAGAAUCAUUAGCUCCUACAAGGAGGUCACAGAGUUGGCCGGUUACACCUCCCGAGUUUCAGAGAUGCUGGAUGUGUUUGAGGAUGUGAGUAGUGAAGUCUACCGUCGCUCUGCAAACAGAGAAGUGUCACAAGCAGAAGUUGGGGCACAGGACCAAGCUGUGGUUCAACAUGGUCAACGAGUCAGUGGACGUCUAGAGAUAAGAGGUCAGGUGAUCAGUGUGGAGAAGGGCAUUCGCUGUGAAAACCUGCCAAUCAUCACACCUACUGGAGAUGUGGUGGUGAGCUGUCUAAACAUCCAGGUGGACGAGGGCAUGAAUGUUUUGAUCACCGGUCCAAAUGGCUGUGGAAAAAGUUCCUUUUUCAGAAUCCUCAGUGGUCUGUGGCCUGUGUAUGGGGGAGUUCUGUACAGACCAGAACCACAGCACAUGUUCUACAUCCCUCAGAGACCCUAUAUGUCAGAGGGGACACUCAGAGACCAAGUCAUUUAUCCAGAUUCUGUGGACGACAUGCUUCAAAGAGGAGUUACUGAUUCACAAUUGGAGGAGAUACUGAGAACUGUUCACCUGCUCUAUAUCCUGGACCGUGAGGGAGGUUGGGAGGCAGUGAGCGACUGGCGGGACGUUCUAUCUGGAGGAGAGAAGCAGAGGAUGGGAAUGGCUCGGAUGUUCUAUCGCUGCCCUCGCUAUGCUUUGCUGGACGAAUGUACAAGUGCUGUUAGUAUUGAUGUGGAGGGAAACAUCUUCCAGGCUGCAAAGGAUGCUGGGAUAGCCCUCUUGUCAAUUACGCACAGGCCUUCGUUAUGGAAGUACCACUCUCACGUGCUUCAGUUUGAUGGAGAAGGAGGUUGGAGGUUUGAACCUCUGGAUGCAUCUACUCGUCUGUCUCUGCAGGAGGAGAAACAUCGACUGGAAAACCAGCUCUCUGGAAUUCCCAAGAUGCAACAGAGACUGACAGAGCUAUGUGUCCUGCUGGGAGAAAGAGAGGGUGUGAGUGAGAUGGAGGAGCCUGAUGAAUGAGCAAAUGAAAUGAUGAGGACAAGUCAAAGGAGUAAAUGCUGCAGGAUUUACCUGUAUGACUAAUUGUAUGACUGAAGCUGGCCCCCCUGACUGUGUUUUAAUCUGUAAUCUGAGAGAAUCUGCCAGAGUCAAUCAAAUCUUUAUAUUAUACAAAAAAAACUUUAAUUUUUGUAGAAAUUAAAGUAAAACACUUUUUGCAAAAUAAAACCACAGGCACAGAGGAAAAAAACAUUUCUGAAAUUGCUUUUGCAAUAUUUCAGUGAAAAACUGUUUUGUAUGCUGGUGUUAUAACACCAAAAUACAAAACUGACAUUUUUAAUACGUUAAUAUAAUAAGUUAAUGUUGACCCUCCUGUUGUCCUUUGCAUUUUGUACACACCCAGUCCUGUCCUCGCAACAGAUUUGCAUCUUAUGAGGAAACGUCGGCACAACCCGUGCAGUACAGGAGCAUGCAAGAACUUGGUCAGCCCCAAGAGUAAUUCUGAAGGUUAUGCUCUAAGAAACGUGUGCCAAAUUUUAAAUGAUUAUUUCUCAGUAAUAACAAACUCUGGCCAUAAUCUUAGAAUAUUUUAAUAAAGAGGUAAGCAUCACAA